AUUCCUUUUAUUACGACCGUCGCUUCGGGAGAGCUCAUUGGCACAAAUCGCAGAUGUGACCGCCGCUAGGACCGUUGCCGCCUUUCUCUAGUAGAGCGAUAUAAGUGAAAAAAAACCCUUUCUUUGCGACUCUUCCAGUCUCUCUCGGCUCCGAGAGUGUCCCGACAAUGAGAGUAACAGGCCAGCUAUAGAAACCCUUCUUACCAUCUCCUUCUCCCUCUCUUCUUCUCUCAAAACCCUAAGAGUAAACCAUUUCAUUCUCCCUCUCUUCUUCUCUCAAAACCCUAAUCUAGUCUCUCCAAAACCCUAGACUCCAACCUCCAUAGGACUCUUCGAAAGGAUUCUAGGGUUUUCUAGCUCUUCAUAUUCUGUUCCAAUUGCAGAAAUAGGAGAUGUGGAACAACAGUGGCAGCGGCGGCAUGGUGCCUCCCGGCACUGGAGGAUCUUCGGUUCCUCCUCCCCCUGCGAUGCAGCCGUCUUACAGCAUCCCGCUUUCUGCAGCGGAGGCGGAAGCACAACUCGAAGAGAAGGCCCGCAAGUGGAUGCAACUCAAUUCCAAGCGGUAUGGCGACAAGAGGAAGUUUGGGUUUGUUGAGACUCAGAAGGAGGACAUGCCGCCCGAACACGUCAGGAAGAUCAUCAGAGACCAUGGAGACAUGUCAUCAAAGAAAUACCGACAUGACAAGCGUGUGUAUCUUGGAGCCCUCAAAUUCAUUCCACAUGCAGUUUACAAGCUUCUUGAGAACAUGCCAAUGCCUUGGGAGCAGGUCCGAGAUGUGAAGAUUUUAUAUCACAUCACUGGAGCAAUCACAUUCGUCAAUGAAAUUCCAUGGGUGGUUGAGCCGAUAUAUUUAGCACAGUGGGGUACGAUGUGGAUUAUGAUGCGAAGGGAGAAAAGGGAUCGGAGGCACUUUAAAAGAAUGCGUUUCCCACCUUUUGAUGAUGAGGAGCCUCCCUUGGAUUAUGCAGACAACUUAUUAGAUGUGGAUCCUUUGGAGCCAAUACAACUAGAAUUGGAUGAAGAAGAAGACUCUGCUGUAUAUACUUGGUUCUACGAUCAUAAACCUUUGGUAAAAACAAAGCUCAUCAAUGGUCCUAGUUAUAGGAGAUGGCAUUUGUCGCUUCCAAUUAUGGCAACACUUCAUCGGCUUGCAGGGCAGCUACUUUCUGAUUUGAUUGACCGUAACUAUUUCUAUUUGUUUGAUAUGGAAUCAUUCUUCACCGCCAAGGCAUUGAACAUGUGCAUACCAGGUGGUCCCAAGUUUGAGCCUUUAUAUCGUGAUAUGGAGAAAGGAGAUGAGGACUGGAAUGAGUUCAACGACAUCAAUAAACUCAUCAUACGUUCUCCACUCAGGACGGAGUAUCGGAUUGCAUUUCCUCAUCUUUAUAACAAUAGGCCGAGGAAAGUUAAGCUUUGUGUAUACCACACUCCCAUGAUAAUGUACAUAAAAACCGAGGAUCCUGAUUUACCUGCAUUUUAUUACGAUCCUUUGAUACACCCCAUAACCUCCAUUAACAAGGUUGACCGCCGGGAGAAGAAACUUUAUGAAGAGGAAGAUGAUGAUGAUUUUGAACUCCCAGUUGGGGUGGAUCCGUUACUGCACAGCACUCAACUUUAUACCGAUACUACAGCUGCAGGUAUUUCACUAUUGUUUGCGCCACGGCCAUUCAACAUGAGAUCUGGUCGGAUGCGACGGGCUGAAGAUAUACCGCUUGUAUCAGAAUGGUAUAAGGAGCACUGCCCUCCCUCAUACCCCGUUAAAGUACGUGUCAGCUACCAGAAAUUAUUGAAGUGUUUUGUACUGAAUGAGCUGCAUCAUAGACCUCCCAAGGCACAAAAAAAGAAGCACUUGUUCCGUUCUCUCCAAGCAACGAAGUUUUUUCAGACUACAGAACUAGAUUGGGCUGAAGCAGGACUUCAAGUCUGUAAGCAAGGCUACAACAUGCUGAAUCUACUUAUACACAGAAAGAAUUUGAACUAUCUUCACCUGGACUACAAUUUUAAUUUGAAGCCUGUAAAGACUCUGACAACAAAGGAGAGGAAAAAGUCACGGUUUGGAAAUGCCUUCCAUCUGUGCCGUGAAAUUCUGCGACUGACAAAACUUGUUGUUGAUGCCAACAUUCAGUUCCGUUUGGGAAAUGUAGAUGCAUUUCAAUUGGCAGAUGGUUUACAGUAUACAUUUUCGCAUGUUGGCCAGUUGACUGGUAUGUAUCGUUACAAAUACCGACUUAUGCGGCAGAUCAGGAUGUGUAAAGACUUGAAGCACUUGAUUUAUUACCGCUUCAAUACGGGUCCUGUUGGAAAGGGACCUGGAUGUGGUUUCUGGGCACCAAUGUGGAGGGUUUGGCUAUUUUUCCUUAGGGGCAUUGUGCCUUUGCUGGAAAGGUGGUUGGGGAAUUUACUUGCCCGGCAAUUUGAAGGGCGCCAUUCAAAAGGAGUUGCCAAGACUGUUACCAAGCAACGUGUUGAAAGCCAUUUUGACUUGGAACUUAGAGCUGCCGUCAUGCAUGAUGUUCUUGAUGCAAUGCCAGAGGGCAUUAAGCAGAACAAAGCUAGGACUAUUUUGCAGCAUCUUAGUGAAGCAUGGCGUUGUUGGAAAGCAAACAUUCCUUGGAAGGUGCCUGGCCUGCCAGUCCCGAUUGAGAACAUGAUUCUUCGUUAUGUUAAGUCGAAGGCAGAUUGGUGGACAAAUGUUGCUCAUUAUAAUCGUGAACGUAUAAGGAGAGGUGCAACAGUUGACAAGACAGUUUGUCGAAAGAAUCUUGGAAGAUUGACACGUUUGUGGUUGAAAGCGGAGCAGGAGCGACAACACAAUUAUUUGAAAGAUGGUCCAUAUGUCACUCCUGAGGAGGCUGUGGCUAUCUACACAACUACUGUGCACUGGCUGGAGUCCAGGAAGUUUUCCCCUAUUCCGUUUCCACCCUUGUCCUACAAACAUGAUACUAAACUUCUCAUCCUUGCACUUGAGAGGCUGAAGGAGUCUUACAGUGUGGCAGUGAGAUUAAACCAGCUCCAGAGGGAAGAAUUAGGUCUCAUUGAACAAGCAUAUGACAAUCCCCAUGAGGCUUUAUCACGAAUAAAGCGUCACUUGCUUACACAGCGUGCAUUCAAAGAAGUGGGUAUUGAGUUCAUGGAUUUGUAUAGCUAUCUGAUUCCUGUAUACGAAAUUGAACCUCUGGAGAAGAUCACGGAUGCGUACUUGGAUCAGUAUCUAUGGUAUGAAGGUGACAAACGCCAUCUCUUCCCCAAUUGGAUUAAGCCUGCAGAUUCGGAGCCACCUCCACUUUUGGUCUAUAAAUGGUGUCAAGGUAUAAACAAUUUACAGGGCAUCUGGGAUACUAGUGAUGGGCAAUGUGUUGUUAUGCUCCAGACAAAGUUUGAGAAAUUCUUUGAAAAGAUUGACUUGACAAUGCUUAAUAGGCUUCUGCGUCUGGUUCUUGACCACAACAUUGCUGAUUAUGUCACUGCUAAAAACAAUGUCGUUCUGUCAUACAAGGACAUGAGUCACACAAACUCAUAUGGUCUAAUUCGUGGGCUUCAGUUUGCAUCAUUUGUUGUACAAUAUUAUGGCCUAGUGCUGGAUCUCUUGCUGCUUGGGUUGACUCGAGCCAGUGAAAUUGCUGGUCCACCUCAGAUGCCUAAUGAAUUUAUUACAUAUUGGGACACUAAAGUAGAAACACGGCAUCCUAUACGAUUAUACUCUCGUUACAUUGACAGGGUACACAUAUUGUUCCGGUUCACUCAUGAAGAGGCACGCGACCUUAUUCAGCGCUAUCUUACAGAACAUCCUGACCCGAACAAUGAAAAUAUGGUGGGCUAUAAUAAUAAGAAGUGUUGGCCGAGAGAUGCGAGAAUGAGGCUCAUGAAACAUGAUGUCAACCUUGGGAGAAGUGUUUUCUGGGAUAUGAAGAACCGACUUCCUCGAAGUAUCACGACAUUAGAGUGGGAAAACAGCUUUGUUUCUGUUUACAGCAAGGAUAAUCCCAACCUGCUGUUCAGCAUGUGCGGGUUUGAAGUGAGGAUAUUGCCAAAGAUAAGAAUGACUCAGGAGGCAUUUAGCAACACAAAGGAUGGAGUUUGGAAUUUGCAAAAUGAGCAGACGAAAGAGCGAACAGCAAUUGCCUUUUUACGUGUUGAUGAUGAGCACAUGAAGGUGUUUGAGAAUCGUGUGAGGCAGAUUCUUAUGUCAUCAGGAUCCACAACAUUUACUAAGAUUGUCAACAAAUGGAAUACUGCUCUUAUAGGUCUCAUGACAUAUUUUCGUGAAGCAACUGUUCAUACUCAGGAGCUGUUGGAUCUGCUUGUUAAAUGUGAAAAUAAAAUUCAAACUCGUAUUAAGAUUGGUUUAAAUUCCAAGAUGCCUAGUAGGUUCCCUCCUGUCAUUUUUUACACGCCGAAGGAAAUUGGAGGUCUUGGCAUGUUAUCAAUGGGUCACAUAUUGAUUCCACAGAGCGACCUCCGUUACAGCCAACAGACAGAUGUUGGAGUAACGCAUUUUCGGAGUGGUAUGAGUCAUGAGGAGGACCAGCUUAUUCCAAAUCUUUAUCGCUACAUACAGCCUUGGGAAAGUGAAUUCAUAGAUUCACAACGCGUUUGGGCCGAAUAUGCGUUGAAGAGGCAGGAAGCACAAUCACAAAACAGGCGCUUGACUCUUGAGGAUCUUGAGGAUUCGUGGGAUAGGGGGAUACCUCGGAUCAAUACCCUCUUUCAGAAAGACAGGCACACUUUGGCUUACGACAAAGGUUGGAGAGUGCGGACUGACUUCAAGCAAUAUCAAGUCCUCAAACAGAACCCUUUUUGGUGGACUCACCAACGUCAUGAUGGCAAGCUAUGGAACUUGAAUAAUUACCGGACUGAUGUCAUCCAGGCACUUGGAGGAGUUGAGGGAAUUCUUGAACAUACAUUAUUUAAAGGAACCUACUUUCCAACUUGGGAAGGUCUUUUCUGGGAGAAGGCGUCUGGUUUUGAGGAGUCUAUGAAGUAUAAGAAGCUGACAAAUGCACAACGAUCUGGACUAAAUCAAAUCCCUAAUCGUAGAUUUACGCUUUGGUGGUCUCCUACAAUAAACCGUGCCAAUGUUUACGUAGGCUUCCAAGUUCAAUUAGAUUUGACAGGGAUAUUCAUGCAUGGGAAAAUUCCUACCUUGAAGAUAUCUUUGAUUCAGAUAUUCCGUGCUCAUCUUUGGCAAAAAGUCCAUGAGAGCGUUGUCAUGGACCUCUGCCAGGUUUUGGAUCAGGAGUUGGAUGCCUUGGAAAUUGAAACUGUGCAGAAAGAAACAAUACAUCCAAGGAAGAGUUACAAGAUGAACAGCUCUUGCGCUGACAUUCUUCUUUUUGCUGCACAUAGAUGGCCCAUGUCCAAACCCAGUUUAGUGGCCGAGUCAAAGGAUGUAUUCGAUCAGAAAGCAAGCAAUAAAUACUGGAUUGAUGUGCAGCUCCGCUGGGGAGACUAUGAUUCUCAUGAUAUUGAACGAUAUACCCGGGCCAAAUUUAUGGAUUACACUACAGACAACAUGUCCAUCUAUCCAUCUCCAACUGGGGUGAUGAUUGGCAUCGAUCUGGCAUAUAACUUGCAUUCUGCCUUUGGAAAUUGGUUUCCUGGGUCAAAACCCUUACUGGCUCAAGCAAUGAAUAAGAUCAUGAAGUCAAAUCCGGCUUUGUACGUCCUGAGAGAGCGAAUAAGAAAGGGUUUGCAACUGUAUUCAUCUGAACCUACAGAACCAUAUCUGUCAUCUCAGAACUAUGGUGAGAUUUUCAGCAAUCAGAUCAUAUGGUUUGUCGAUGACACAAAUGUAUAUCGUGUUACAAUCCACAAGACAUUUGAAGGAAAUCUUACUACCAAACCCAUAAAUGGUGCCAUCUUCAUUUUCAAUCCAAGAACUGGACAACUGUUUCUGAAGGUCAUCCACACGAGUGUUUGGGCUGGGCAAAAGCGUCUUGGUCAGCUUGCUAAGUGGAAAACAGCUGAAGAAGUAGCUGCUCUGGUGCGGUCACUGCCCGUUGAAGAGCAACCAAAGCAAAUCAUUGUGACACGCAAGGGAAUGCUGGAUCCUUUAGAAGUCCAUUUACUUGAUUUUCCAAACAUUGUUAUCAAGGGGAGUGAGCUGCAGCUGCCAUUCCAGGCAUGCUUGAAAAUCGAGAAGUUUGGUGAUUUGAUUCUGAAGGCUACAGAGCCACAGAUGGUUCUUUUCAACAUUUAUGAUGAUUGGUUGAAGAGUAUUUCAUCAUACACUGCAUUCUCUCGUCUCAUAUUGAUCUUACGUGCACUCCAUGUCAACAAUGAGAAGGCAAAAAUGUUAUUGAAACCUGACAAGAGUAUCAUCACUGAACCACAUCACAUCUGGCCUUCUCUCACUGAUGAUCAAUGGAUGAAGGUUGAGGUUGCUCUGAGAGAUCUUAUACUCUCAGAUUAUGCCAAGAAGAAUAACGUAAACACCUCAGCACUGACACAGUCUGAAAUUCGUGAUAUAAUACUGGGGGCUGAGAUAACUCCACCUUCACAACAGAGGCAACAGAUUGCGGAGAUUGAGAAGCAGGCAAAAGAAGCAAGCCAACUCACAGCAGUCACAACAAGGACAACAAAUGUGCACGGCGAUGAACUCAUUGUCACCACAACAAGCCCCUAUGAGCAAGCAGCAUUUGGUUCUAAAACUGAUUGGCGUGUGAGAGCAAUCUCAGCGACGAAUCUAUAUCUUAGAGUCAAUCAUAUUUAUGUGAACACUGAGGACAUUAAGGAGACAGGCUACACAUACAUCAUGCCCAAGAACAUUUUGAAGAAGUUUAUUUGCAUAGCAGAUCUUCGGACUCAAAUUGCAGGAUAUUUGUAUGGAAUAAGCCCCCCAGAUAACCCUCAAGUGAAGGAAAUCCGCUGUAUAGCCAUGGCACCUCAGUGGGGGACUCAUCAGCAAGUCCAUCUCCCAUCUGCUCUUCCUGAGCAUGACUUUUUGAAUGAUCUAGAGCCAUUGGGAUGGAUGCAUACACAACCAAAUGAGCUUCCUCAGCUAUCGCCUCAGGAUCUCACGUGCCAUGCUCGAAUUCUUGAGAAUAACAAGCAGUGGGAUGGUGAGAAGUGCAUUAUCCUAACAUGCAGUUUCACUCCAGGUUCUUGCUCGUUAACUGCCUAUAAGCUUACCCCAACGGGUUAUGAAUGGGGGCGUGUCAAUAAAGACACAGGAAGUAAUCCACAUGGGUACCUGCCAACCCAUUACGAGAAGGUUCAAAUGCUUCUCAGUGACCGCUUCCUUGGAUUCUACAUGAUUCCAGAUAAUGGUCCGUGGAAUUACAACUUCAUGGGAGUGAAACAUACGGUGAGUAUGAAGUAUGGAAUAAAGCUGGGUACACCUCGAGACUACUAUCAUGAGGACCACAGGCCAACACAUUUUCUGGAAUUCAGUAACUUGGAGGGUGAGACUGCCGAAGGAGGAGAUCGUGAGGAUACAUUUACAUAGUGAACAAGAGUUGUGUUGUGCAACACUGUUUUUCACUGGGGAGUUGCAUUUUUAUUUAACACAUUCUAGAAUAUCAGUAGGUGUUGCAUCCCCACAAAACUUAAAAAUGGUUGGUAUUGUGGGAUGUUUCUUGUACAUGUUAAUAUAAUGUGUGAUGGGAUUUUGUAUUUUAGGUGAUGUAAGCUGCUUAACUCGGAAAUGAUACUGAUACUGUACAUGUGGAUACUAGUGCUUUUUUAUGUGAUGCAGCAGAGCUAAAUGGUCUGAAGUAAAUGCUUUUAGGAAUGGCCAAAGCAAAAAACUCUCUUUGUUUGUA